AACGAGACAAAGAAGUAUCUUUAAUUAGUAAAUAAGGAGAACCAUUACUAACAGUUAUUAACCUAUGACUCUUAAAUAAAACUUUUGAAAAAAUUGUUUCAAAAUGAACAGAGUUCUACGCGCGGAUGUUUUGGAAGGCGGUGCAUAUCUCUACAGCAUUGUUUAUCUCCGUAUAUGAUGGAUCAGUUAAGAGUCAUUCUGCAAUUUAGCUAGUUAAUUUUUAUUAGUACUAGACUCUGGAGUGCUGUGACGGUGAGUGUGUAAUUGGAUUUGACAGUGUGAUUUUUUGUUUUUUUCCUCAUUUUAUCGUGAAAUAACAUGUGCUGAGGGGACCAGAUAUGAAAAUCGAGAUAUUAUGGCUGUUGAACCUGCAAAUAAUUUACAUAUAUGCCAUGAAUUGCAAAGAAGGACCACAAUGUCUCAUGACCCGUUCGCACAAAAUGAAAACAGCUGAUUGCUAUAACAGAGAGUUUAGAGAAUUUCCACAAUGCUUGACCUCAGACGUCGAGGUAAUCGAUCUGGGCUACAAUAGAAUAAGGAAAAUAACAAGAAGUGACCUUAGCAAAUUCAGUAGUCUAAAAUUCUUGUACUUAGGAGACAAUCUUAUCUCUAAAUUAGAUAAAGACCUAUUUGAGGACGCAUAUCGCUUAACAACUUUGGAUUUGUCGUUAAAUGCCAUUGUUACCAUACCUCCCAGCAUCUUCCACCUGCCAUAUUUAAACUCGCUGUACCUAAAACAGAAUUUAAAUAUAGAUAUAGUACAGGCUGUAGAGGAUGCAAGUCCUGUUACCAGCCCUCUUAUACAAAUCGAUAUUAGCAAAACGACUGACAUUGAAAAUCCUACAAACUUUCCCAAUUUUGGACUGAUGCCAUUAUUGACAACGUUGAAUGUUACUGGUAAUUUUUAUUUUAAUGUGACACCUGGUUUAUUUAUGGGAUUGUGCAAUUUGCAGAAGUUGAUCAACGAUAAUGUUACUGUUGCUUUUAAUGAUACCUGUGACUGUUGGAGAUUGAAUUACUGGCUUGAAACCAGAGGAAUACAGUUUACUAGGUUUAUUUGUCUUAUAGCUGAGUCACAAUGCUCUGUGACUUUGAAUGAUGAAGACUUACAGUUGUUCAGUCAAUGUAAUAUACAAUUUGAAGCAAUCAAAAGAAGCAACUUACUGAAAAGUAUUUGUAUAGGCGUAGGGGCAACUGCAGCUGUUAUUAUUAUAUUGAGUUUCUUGAUAUUUUUAUACUGCCGAAAAAAUAGAAAGCAUAAAAACAAACAGACCAAAACACUGGAGAGUAUUGGGGAUGAUUCUCCUUUACGGAGAAAAACUGUUGAAAAUAUUUAUAAAUAGAUAUUAUUUCUUUUUAGGGCUAGUUCAGACACAGCGGAUUCCGCGAUAUUUCGAAUUGAUGUUCAUACUAAUCCGUGCGGAUCGUGUCACGCGGAUUCCGCUUGGAUAUCCGCUCGAAUAUCCGCACGGAUAUAAAUAUAGUACGCGAAACCACGAACACCGAAUUAAAUAACUUUAUGCGCAGACAGAAACCACGUGAAUUUUGCCGUGUUUGAACUUGCUCUUGGCGGUUAUGCGGUUAUUUACAAACAUUUUUUUUAAAUUUUGGUACUAAUCGACCAGAAUAUAAAUGGUUAUGGGAUACAUGGAGACUGACCUAGAUCUCUAAAGGUCUCGUUUGGGCUAAAAUCACAAUAUUACAAUUCAUUUAGCAAUAUUUCUGAAAGUUCCUAAUAUAUCGUUAUACCUAUUCACAUCAAAUCCCCACAACUAUUCAUAUCCUGUUCGCAAAAUAGUCUCCAAAAGAAUAAAAUUCCUUUUUCUCGUUUAAAUAAUUAUGUAGAGUAAUCAAAAGAUCGACAUUUAAAAAAAAACAGGGUCUCUUAAAUUACCUCUAGACUACAGAAUUAAAAUAUUUUUUAAGCCAUAAUCCUAAUUAGGAUCAUCUAUGUGCCAUAGAGAUACUCAACGACUUGAUGAGCUGACUUAUCAAUGGGAGAUUGCUGGUAAUGAGGCUGCUGUCAAAUUUAGUGAGCGUGAUGAACAAUUAUUUUAUUUUGUACCUAAACAAACACUUCGAAAGACUUUAUAAGACACUAAUAACACAGAGGAACAAUAAUUUUGUUAGUGUGUAAUCUGUGAACUUCAUGGCUAUGAUACUAAUCAAUUAUAGCUAGGAUCAUUCAUCCGACCCAAGUUGGAGAAGGUUUAUGUAAGUCCAGCACGUCUGUUUGCCUCUAGAACAUUUCAAAAACAAAAAAAUAACGAACAUUGUUUUAAGAAUUAUUGUUCUGCUGUGUAAGAAGUCUCUUAUAGUACUGCAUAAACAGUGGUGCUUGUUCUUGGAUCGUCUUUUCAAUGUUUUCAUUGUUUACUACUUUUUAACUGAUCCUAAGCAAUACAAUUAAGUUGAAAAUAUCGAAUACAUUUUUUUCUUAUAUUGAAAAUAUCAGGAGAAUCCUAGUAGUAUCUUCGACGUUUGUAGAAAAAUGCUGCUGUCUAUUUUCCACAUUUAUUUAAGUUUAGGUAGCAGAGUACUGAAUAGAAUGAGAUAAAAUCGGUGUGUUAGGUACGGUUUUAAAAUCCGAUUACCUCGAGACGACUGCUACGAUGGUGAUUUAACGAUAAUCAACCCUAUAGGGGUUACAUAGGUCUUGUAUUUCCAAAAAAUUCAAUUUUUUAUUCCUUAUGAAAGAACAGUACUUCAAGAGUAUUUACUUCAAAUUUGAAGUAAAUUCGAGCAAUAUUACCGGAGUUAUAGCGAUUUGAAUAUGACGCGGUGGGACUUGUACUCUGCCGUCCCUAUUAUUGGCUCCGUGCGUCUCCCCUCUACUUACAGUCACGUGACACGCUGUCAGAUUUUGUCAGGACGUUUUAACAUUGAGUCUUAUGGGAUUAUUUUGUUAAACUUGAAUAUUUUAUUUUGUAGUGAUUAUAACCGAAUACAAUUGUUAGAAUUCAUUAGUUAUUAAUUUAUACUGUAAUUUAUAGUGCAACAAAAAUAUUUUCUUUUUCGUUAAUAAAGAUUUAUUGACAUAAACUGCGAUAGUGAGGUUAUGUAUACAAAAUCAAUCUGAUCAAAUUUAUAUCAGAUUAAGUGCGUUUUUAUUUUCUGUUUAUAUUAAUACAUAAUAUCACUACCGUGACACGGCAUUUUUUUUAAAUGUCUCAUCUAAACAUACACAAAGCGUCCUGAUAAAAUUUCAAAAAACCGCUACCAUGAGCAGGUCGGUCGAUUUUGCUUUGACACUUUGUUAACGCUCGGAGCGAAUAAGCAUGCGGCACGGUUCUACCGCGUAAAAUCAGCUUUAAACGCGUUUUUCUCGAAACGGUUUUUUACGUGCGGUAGGCACGAUUUCUCAAGAAUGAAUUGACCGAUUUUGCUCAAACUUUGCACAGUUCAUCUUUAUAGUAUUGUUUCCUGAUUGAACGAGGGGAUUUUCAAUCGGUUGACUUGUUCUGAGAAAAAUGUUUUAAAAACGAUGAGAAUCAGCAAAAGGCUAAAAAAUAUGGGACGAAAAUUCAUUCAAACUUAUUUCACAACUUUAAGUUUCAUUUUUUUCAAACUUAUUUUCUUUAAGACCUAUGUAACUCCUUAAUCGGUUCAGUAGAUUUCAGUUGAUUAUUAGGGUAAAGUACAGAAUUUAGUCAAGCGAGUCUGUUGUACAAGUUUAAUAAAUUAGGGCUGUAGCACCACGGAUGAUGAUCUAGUCCUAGUCAAAUAAAAAUGUGGUGUGGGAAAAGUCGUUACCCUGUGGGGUCAAUAUGAUCAUCAGUUGUCAACAAUUAUUAUUCUGAUGGACAAUAUCUAGUCGUUUCAACACGAAAGCAUCAUCGCUCAGCAGAGUCCCGAGGCAAACGGACUUUUACUUUUAUAGUAGUAUGAGCUAUCUAAGAGACACAUUAAUAUUCAGCUCAGCGUUGUGGUAUUGUUCGAGAUGUGGAAUUCCAUAAUACCUUGUUUAUGUAAUUUCACACCUCAAAGAGGUCUGAUAUUAUUCUACAUUACGAUAAUAAAAUUAUUACCAAGUCUUGUGAUAUUGCUAAUUCGUUUGCCUCAUAUUUUGCUACAAUAACAGAAUACAACCUUCAAGCUCAUUUUGGCACAUCGUUGCCUUCUUCUUGUACUACCUCAAAAAUGUGUAAUCAAACAUUUUUCUGAGAUGAAGUAGUUUUCAAUCCUAAUAGCAAUAUAAAUAAUAUUUAAAAAUAUUACAAUAUUACUAAAAGAUUUUUAAAUUGAUAACUUAUUGGUCCAUUUCCUUGGUAACACCUCCAUGGCUUCUAAAAUUUGCAAGCCAGAUGGAUGCUGAAGCGAAGAAGACAAGAGGGAAUUCAAAAAACUUACAAUUCACGACCCCGUCUGUUCAGCUGGUAAAUUCCAACAGAAAAUGGACCUAGUUACUCAAAGAAGUAACGACCAAUAUAAAAAUAAAAUAAAAAUUCCAUUUUUAUUCAGUUGCAAUGCGAAGGCAAAAGAAUCUUAUUUUUCACUUAAAAUACGGAGAGCAGUCCAGCCCUCUGAAUCGACGAUUUUCGACUCUUGUUGGAGUCUCAUCGGAGAGAACGUAGGCCUGCUUCUCCAUACUCUAAGCGAUCAACACCGAGAGUAUGGAGAAGCAGGCCUACGUUCUCUCCGAUGAGACUCCAACAAGAGUCGAAAAUCGUCGAUUCAGAGGGCUGGGUUGUUUUGCCUUCGCAUUGCAACUGAAUAAAAAUGGAAUUUUUAUUUUAUUUUAAACAUUUUUCUUUUUACCCGUGACUCCAAUUGAACUAAAAAAUACAGUCUAUCAACUAAAAAAUAAGCCUAGUACUGGUAUUGAUAACAUAUCUGUAAAAAUAAUAAAACUAAUAAGUGAUCAUACAUAUAUCGAAUCCUUUUACCCAUUUAGUUAAUCUCUCAAUAACAGCCAGCCAAUUUCCAUCCAUAUUUAAAAUGGCAAAAGUUAUUCCAAUCUUCAAAAAUAAUGACUCUCAUGAUAUUUCAAAUUAUAGACCAGUAUCUGUCCUUAGCGUAAUUUCCAAAGUAAUAGAGAAGGUUGUAUACAACAGAAUGUUAAAUUUUAUAGAAGAAUACAAUUUAUUAACUCCAAACCAACACAGAUUUAGACCAAAAAAGUCGACACUCACGGCUGCAUGCAGCUUGUUUGAGCGUAUUUAUGAUGAAUUAGAUAGUAGAAACCACGUGGCAGGACUAUUUUUUGAUCUAUCACGAGCUUUUGACUGCUUAGACAUAACAUUUAUUCGCAAUAAAUUAUAUAACGUUGGUUUUAGAGGGAUAUUUCUAGAAUGGGUAAUAAAUUUCUUAAGUGGCAGGAAGAGUGUUGUUAAAAUUAAAGAAUCAAGCUCAGAACCAUACACGACAAAUAAAGGAGUACCACAGGGAUCCGUGCUGGGACCAUUAUUAUUCCUAAUUUUUAUUAACGACCUACCAGAUCACACAAGUGCACUUAUAAUAGCAAUAUUUGCUGAUGAUACCUCGUUAAUAGUCUCUGCACGUACACUCGAGGAAUUAAAAAUGACAAUGAAGACUGUUGUUGACUGCUUUAUACGCUGGUGUAAUACCGACAGAUUAAUAUUAAACAUUGACAAGACGGAAAUCAUUUAUUUUCACUCAUACAACUCAUCUACCAAUGACUAUAUCUUAACCAUCCAUGAUAGAAACAAUAGUUAUCUUCCACUUCCACUCACUCUACAAAGUUUUUGGGUGUGUUCAUUGAUUGUAAUCUCAAAUGGUCAGAACAAGUGAAUUCAGUGAACAUGAAAUUGAAUAAAGCUUUUUAUGCUAUAUCUAGAAUUAAAAACGCACUACCCAUCUCGGCAUUAAUAAACGUUUAUUAUAGCCUUGCUUACAGCCACAUGUGCUAUAAUGUAAUUUUGUGGGGAACUCAGUAGAUAGUAACAAAGUGUUCAUUACCAAAAAAAAAUUAUCCGUAAAAUUUUUAAUUUGGAUUAUCAACAAUCGUGUAAACCAAUUUUUAUUAUACAUCAAAUUUUAACUUUCUACUGCAUAUAUAUCUAUAAAUGUUUUCAUUAUGUAAAAGAGGAAAUCAAUACAUUUCCAGUAAAUUCAGACAAUCACUAUUAUAAUACAAGAAGUGCUGAAUCUUUAUGAGUUCCUAAACACAGAACAUCGAAAUUUCAAAAUUGCUUCAGAUAUAUGGGACUGACCUUGUACAAUCAUUUGCCAAAAACUGUGAAAGAAAUACCACUUUCCACUAAAUUUAAAAAAAAAAUGUUAAAGGCUUACUCUUAAGAAAAGCAUAUUAUCCUAUAAAUGAAUAUCUUGAGGACAAACUGCAGUAGCUUCUUAUUUUACUUUUAAGUUUUGUCAAUUUUGAUAUACACUGUGAAUAUUGUAUUAUAUACCUACAUUAAUGUUUUUAUAUUGAAUUCUCUAGUGACGGAUCCUAUACAUUUUUUUAAUGUCUUAAAGGAUCAAUAAAGUAUGACUAUGACUAUGAACAAUAGCAUAUCGCUGAGCCGAAUAUUAAUGAGUCUUAGAUAUAGUCCAGAGAAAUAAGGUUUUGUCGGGACAUUUGAGCAGCCAGGUUGCAAAUGGUGUUUUUGGGUACUAUAUACCUAAUACAUUAUAAAUACAAAAAUGCCCGUCACAGUUCGGACGAGAAUUUUAGUUAUUAACAAAUAAGGGUCAAACAUGGCAGUUUUUUCGUUUAAAUCGCUACAGGUAACAAUAGGGUUAUUCCCUAUUAUAUCUUAUUAUAUUAUAUCUUAUUUAGAGUAUUUUUCUUUUAGUAGAUGAGCAAAGGUGUAAAAUUGCAAUUUUUGAAUUUUGGUCUGAUCAUUUGUUGCUUCGCUAAUUGCAAAAAAAGAAUAAAAUUUCGAAAAUAACAAAUUUGCUAUAACUUUUGCGAAAAUGAACAUAAGACUUUGAUAUUGCACGAAAAGUUGAUUCAAUCAGUGCAUAUAUGCCCUAAAAAUUUCAAGAUUAUCCGGCGAUUAGUUUAAAUUUUAUUCAAUUUGUUUAUACCAAAGAGCUUUUCUUUGUAAUGUUAUUGUUCAGAAAAUAAUAAUGAUACAGCAAUUCUGUGGAAACCUCUUGAAAGAAGAAUACUUAUAUUUUCAAAAUGUUUAAAAAAUCAAUAAAAAGUCAUGAAGUAGGAUCAUUUUUGGCUUCUAAACAGUUUGAAUAGUUUUGUUAAUAUUGACUGUAGAGUAAAUCUACUUUGGGAUUUCAAAAGCUAGUAUUUUUACACGAAUUUUCAAAAAAAACUUUUUGCGUAGGUUAAUUACGGUCAAAGUUAGCCAUUUUUAUUAUUUAAUCCACAGUUACUUCUGUGUACAUACAAUUCUCCUGUAACAGUGCUAGUUACCAUACUCCUCCGAAACGGCUUGACCGAUUUUUAUGAGAUUUUACACAUAUAUCCUGUAGGACUAAGAAUAGGUUUUAACCUAUUUUUCAUACCCAUAAGUUGUAAGGGGGGUUGCCCCCUGAGAUUUUUUUUUUAUUUUUUUGGACAAAAUUGUCUAUCUUAAUUUUGUAUUAUGUAGCAUUAAAAAAUACAUGCAACCCUUAAUUUUCACUCUUCUAUCUCCAACCAGUAUUUUUUAAUAGCCAUCUAUAUAUUUACAUCUAUAAAAUUUUCCUGUCGCAGUGUUAGUUGCCAUACUCCUCCGAGACUGCUUGACCGAUUUUUAUGAAAUUAUAUAUGUAUAUUCGGUAGGUCUUAGAAUCGGUCGUAAUCGAUUUUUCAUAUCCCCAAGUGAUAAGGGGGUUCCCCCUAACAUUUUGUAAUGUUUGGUAGGGGUAUGUAUACAUAACGUACUCUAAAGGACUACGAGUACAUGCAAAUUAAAAAAUUAUGAUCAAAAUCCAUCAACAACCUCCGGAGAUAUUAAUCGCAGUAUAUGUUUGAAGAAUCAAUUUCAUUUUUUGAGUGCACGGAUUUUAAUAUUUCCCCUCCACCGACCACGAUUCGAUUUCGUUAGGACGUCAUUUUUAAAGCUUUAUUAACCACUCUGUUGAAGAUCAAAGUUUACUCAAACUUGUGCACAUAAACUAUAUUCCUUUAACUUAAAAAUGGUGCUAGUUAGGUUGCUUAAUUGUUAUAAACAAAGUAGCUGUGAAUUAAAUAAAAAAAGUGGAUAACUUUGACCGUAAUUAACCUAGACAAAAAGUUUUUUUUGAAAAUUUGUGUAAAAAUACCAGCUUUUCAAAUCUCAAAGUAGUUUUAGUCUACAGUCAAUAUUAACAAAGUUAUUCAAAUUGUUUAUAAGCCAAAAAUGAAUCUUCUUUAGUAAAAUGUUUUCGGUAUGAUUAAAAUGACUUUAAUGAUUUUGUUUAAAUACGUUGAAAAUAUAACCAUUUUUCUUUCAUGUCGUUUACAUAGAAUUGCUAUAUCAUUAUAAUUUUCUGAAUAAUAACAUUGCAAAAAAGCUCAUUGGGAAAAACAAAUUGAAUAAAAUUCAAACUAACUGACGAAUCGUCUUAAAAAUUUUUGUGCAUUAUGUGGACUGUUUUAUUCAACUUUUCAUGUAAUUUGAAAGUCUUAAGGUCAUUUUCGCAAAAGUUAUAGCAAAUUUUUUAUUUUCGAAAUUUUAGUUUUAUUUUGAAAUUUCCGAAGCAACAAAUGAUCGGACCAAAAUUCAAAAACUACCAUUUUACACCUUUUGCUCACCUACUAAAAGAAGGAUACUAUAAAUAAGAUAUUUAAUUACCCUACUUUUACCUGUGGCUAUUUAAAUGAAAAAACUGCCAUUUUUGACACUUAUUUGUUAAUAAUUUAAUUUCUCGUCCAAACUGUGACGGGCAUUUUUGUAUUUAUAAUGAAUUAGGUAUAUAGUACCCAAAAAACCCAUUUGCAACCUGGCUGCUCAAGUGUCCCGAACAUGGUAUAUUUUUGCCUUAUUUCACUGGUGUAAUAGCUGGUACCUACUACAUACUAUAAAAAGAUAAUUACUGGCCAUCUAACUAAACAGUAUUAACGGGUGAGAAGGCCUGUAAAACUAUACUCUAUAAUACACACAUAAUUCUUUGUUAUCUAGUUUGUAGAUUAGUAAUUAGUAUGAGUGGGUGAUUCAAAAUACCAAAGACCAGAAUGUAAGUCAUUCGUGGCCCAGAAAUCCUAUACUCCCGGUUUAAUUAUAUUAUGAUAACAGCACCAAAGCCAGAAUAAAUUUUAUUCAUAUUAUUAUGAAUACCUAUAUAUAUUUUAAAUAAUAUCAAAUGCGACAUUUUAAUUUUGUAUUAUACACGUUUAAGUUUGUGAUAAAGUUUUGUAUUUUGUAAUUUUUUAUUAAACGAUGUUUCAUUA